CAAAGUACAAUCUUUGUUAAUAUACUUCUCAUCACUUUCCUUUUCAUUUUUAGUUUCAUUAUUUAGAAAUUUAGAUCACAGACCUACAAAGUUGACACGAUCUAUUUCUAUCAUCAUAUUCAAAUCGAUUCCCAAUGCCACAAAAGUUGGAAGCUAGAGGCGGAAAUGGAGGCAACCAAUGGGAUGAUGGAGCCGAGCAUGAAGGUGUAUCAAAGAUCUAUAUACGUGAGGGUCGUGAUGGCAUAGAGUCCAUCAAGUUUGACUAUGUUAAGAAUGGAGAACCCAAAGAUGGACCAAUCCAUGGUAGCUCGGGUCAAAGUUUCACCGAGUCUUUUGAUCUUAACCAUACUAUUGAUGAACAUAUCGUAUCUAUUAAAUGUUACUACGACGAGGGCGUGAUACAAGGUCUUGUGAUCAAAACCAACAUCAGGACUUCUGCACUCAUGGGAUACAACCUUGGUACAAAGUUUAAACUUGGAGUCAAAGGCAAGAAAAUCAUUGGGUUCCAUAGAUCUUCUGACAAAAAUCUAAACUCUCUUGGAGCUUAUUUCACUACGCUUUCUCCUGAUAAUUUGAAUGUCUAA